AUGACCUUGUUGCGCAAGAACAAAGGGUACGAAGAGCAGGAUCAACUGUGCUGUUACACCAUAUUAUUGAUUCCAUUACAGAGACUGGUCUAUGAACAUCACUUCUUUAAUCAAGUUAAUCUUCUUCUUUGCAAACUUAUAAGUUCGAUGUCAGUAUAUCACACUGAUAUCCAGAUCCUGAGAAGAAUAAGCAUUUGUACAUAUGAAAACUAUAACUGGUCACUGUCCUUGGAAAUGUGGCUCCUUAGGAAUAAGAAUAAUAGGAUUAAAGAUAAUCCAACACUUGAAGCUCUUAUUCUUGAUAAUAAUAGUACUAAUACUCAAUUAAGAAUCCAUAGACAGUAUAGUUUUUAUAAAAGUAUUAUGUGGAUAAGUGAUCUACAGUUGAAGAAAAGGGUCUCAUUUGUAAAUGCGCGCCACUAUAGACCAUGCUGUUCUGGGAACAACCCUGGAACUAAUUUUUGUACACACACAAAAGGUCGACCUAUUAAAUCUAUUUUGUGUAUCAAGAAUAAAUGUUCCUGGGUCCAGAAGCUGGGGUUCACUUAA